CAGACACGCGCAAUGAUAGCAGGAAGCAUCGAUGGGAGGAAAAUAAAAAUCGAUUAAUACACUGUAAUUCGCGAUUGUAAACCUCUCACUUACUGUCAUUUUAGCGACCGUAGGCUCGAAUUUAUCAUCCGUUUACAGUGCCACUGUGCCGGAGGGAGCGGUAGAGGGCAGACAAGCUGCUCCAUUUGAGCGAAGUUGCUCGGUAGGGGUUUAGCUGACGUGUGGAGAAGUUGAGACAGCCAGAGAGCAGAUAAACAAACAUAAACAAGCAGGGAUCAGCUGAGCGCCUAUCCGAACCGAACCAGCAGCACGGAGAGAUGUCAGGGAGAGCCACUUUGCUCUUUCGAGCCCAAGAAUGAUCCGCAGGAGACCGUGAUUUACACUGAUAUUAGCUCCAUGUCAACUGUCAACACUGGCACACAAAGAAUUUCGGAAACACAACACGAGGACCAGCCAUAGGCUUUAGCAGAAAAUCCACUGCUCCUGUCACUGUCUCUUUGUCAAGACAUAACCAAGCUAGCAUGGACAACCUAUGAGUUUAUCCUCCAGUUUUCAGCUGUAACGAAACGAGUACAUAUUACAGUGCAAGGAGACAGAGUGUCAGAAGUAGGUUUAACAUGGCCCACCAGGCAACCCCUAGUUCCCAGAAGGCCCUGAUGAUGGAGCUGAAGUCCCUGCAGGAGCAGCCAGUUGAGGGUUUUCGCAUCACUCUGGUUGAAGAGUCUGACCUCUACAACUGGGAAGUGGCCAUCUUCGGGCCCCCAAACACACUGUAUGAGGGGGGCUACUUUAAGGCUCACAUCAAGUUUCCUGUUGACUACCCAUACUCCCCACCAACCUUCCGGUUCCUCACCAAAAUGUGGCACCCCAACAUCUAUGAGAACGGAGAUGUAUGCAUCUCCAUCCUGCACCCUCCUGUCGAUGACCCUCAAAGCGGGGAGCUGCCAUCUGAAAGGUGGAACCCUACCCAGAAUGUCAGAACCAUCCUUCUUAGUGUGAUCUCUCUGCUCAAUGAGCCCAACACCUUCUCCCCCGCCAAUGUGGAUGCCUCUGUCAUGUUUCGCAAAUGGAGGGACAGCAAGGGCAAGGACAAGGAGUAUGCAGAGAUUAUCAGGAAACAGGUGAUGUCAACAGCAGCAGAAGCUGAGCGGGACGGCGUCAAGGUGCCCACCACAUUGGCAGAGUACUGCGUCCAGACCAGGGUUCCAUCCCAGGACAGCAGUUCAGACCUUCUCUACGAUGACCUCUAUGAUGAUGACAUGGAGGAGGAGGACGAAGAUGAAGAUGAGAGCGAGAUGGAGUCCGUAGGUGAAGCUGGAGGUAUCAGCGCCACUGAGGAUGAUGGGACAUCCACCAGACAUUAUGACAACCAGGACGACUCAGGCAACGAAGACUCGUGAUGACCUGGAUGCUAAGUCCUCCCUGCCAACUCCCCACCCUCUUUCUUUUAUGUGUUAAGUUACAAUUUUCAAUGUGUGCGUGUGUGUGUAUGUAUGUGUGUGUGCAUAUAUCUAUAUAUAUAUUAUGGGGUCAAAAGUCUACUGCCAAAAAUGUUUCAUCAUUUAUUAAACUAAAACAAAUGAUUGGGAAAACAACAGUUCUUAAAUAUGAUUACGUAAUUUUUCAGCAAAAGUUUGUUGCCCUUGCAUUCCCUGAAAGUCUGACUUUGGUGUUUCCACCAUUUGCCUUAAUUGCAGCUUGCACUCUGUCUGGCAUCAAAUGUUUUGCAGAGUUUAAGAACUGAAUUUUUUCCAAUGUAUUUGAGAAUACAUCCAAGAGUGAUAUUGAUGUUUAAUUAUAUUCUAAUGAUGCAAAUACCACUGAGGAGGCAUCUUAGCUAGGCUCUUUCUUCUACACUACCUGAAAAAAGGGAGUGAUGGCACACCUCUGCAGAGAUGUACUUCUGUUACAUCUGUGUGAUGUGAAACGUGGAGAAAAAACAGCCCCACUGUCGAUGUUUAAAUAGGACCUUGAAUCUUGUGUUUAUACAAACUUACUGCCUUUCUAAGCUUUUCUUUUGCUUCUCUAAAAGCAUUUUCUGAAUCCUUAGAGACUUUUAUUCAUCUGGAAGAAAAUGUCUUUAGUCUGUGAUGCAAUUAAAAAAAAAAAGUAGCCUGUUUCCCAGAUUGUGCCUCUGUUUCCAAUGCACAACAAAGAUGGCAGUCUGCUGGCUACCUUAAUGGGAAAUGAGUCAGAAAUUGUGUUUUGUUGCACAUCAGGCAGUAUAUUUUCAUCCAGAUGGCUAGAAGACUUUUUCAGACAUUGGAGGUGAAUUAUGUCUUUGAAAAAUCAAAGGUUAGUUCUGUAACUUAAAUGUUUUCAACUUUGAAAUUUCAGUUAUUUUUAAUCUGUGCUCAACCGUUGCGCAUAUUCUCUACUGAGAGAUGUUUCUGCAGUUUUGUUAUCUCCUGGGGUAGGACUUUAUUUGUUACACUACCUUGUUAUCUUGGAUGUAGUCACAGGUCUUUGUCAGAUAUUUUGGCUUUGUACGCUUGUUUUCAGGCACUGCCAUCUGUUUAGCUCUGUCACCUGCAAGUGAUAAAAACAAGUCCUUACAGUUUAUGUUUUUCAGCCCUGAAGAAAACAAUCUGGUCUCAAACUGGCUUAAAAACUAUGGACAGAAAAGCGUUUUUUUUUUUUUUUUUAAAUCCACCUCUCGUACCAGUAAAAUUUAGUUGAGAAAAUGAUUGUAGUAGUGUCAGUUGUAUAUGCAAUUAGGUUAAAAACCUUCAGAGCAUUUGUAUUGUAUCAUUAUUUCAGUGACGUACAGGUAAUUCCCAAAUAUAAAAAGAUUGUAUUAGUUUGUUUCUAAAGGAUCCUUUACAUAAACUAACAGUCUUAGUUUUUGAUAAAUGAUGAAAACAGCUGUCUUUGUGGUGGUCUCUUGAACCCCUCUGAAGCUGGCUGGCUUUUUUAACCAGCCAGUCUAUGUCAGAUUGUAUGGUUUUGUGCUGAUUGACUCUUUCCACCGUGUCUUCCUUUGUUGCUGCUUUGUUUGUUUGCUUGGGUGGUUGAGAUUCUGUCCUCCUUGACUCGUCUCCUGUUUUUCUGGGGCGGCCUAGGCAGUCGGGCGGAGGGACACUUAGCGGUUUUGGCUCAUUAACCCGUCAGUGAGCUGGCCAGUUUGCCCUGUCACUGUCCAUCAGCGUGUCCCGUGGCAGAAUACCUCUGUCCCUUACACGCCUGUCCAUUCAACUGUGAUGCAAUCAGUUUUAACGCAGGCUCUGACUCACCCUGACUCCGCCCCUAUUAGCCCCGCCUUCUGUAGUGUCAAUCAAAACUGCUCCACACAUGACCCCUCAAAGCAAAGUCAUUUGGUCUGAGGUGAACGAUGAGAAGACCAUUUAUCGCAGCACCUCUGAUGCCUCUCUCUGCCUCUUAAACCUCAGGGCCUCAAUAGACUUUAACUGAGAGAGGAAAAAAAACAAUUAAAACGUGAAAUUUACCACACAAACUGCUCCUCACCAUCACCGUCUUUAGUUUGUGCACCACUGGUUGUCGCUUGAGGGCAGAGAGUGAACUGAAAUAUCCACAAUCACACCGGCAGCGUGAUAACAUGUGACUGAGUUUCCUUUCCUUCUCAGUAGGCUAGAAUUAGAUUACCAACAAAAGUCAAAACGCACCUCUUGGAAUUUUUUCCCUGACAGUGUUCACAUUAUGUUGUGAUAAUUGCGCAAAUGCUAAGUUUUGCGCCAUGACUCCAACUUAAAUGCAUUUUAAUGAAACCCGGACAUCGUAAUGUGCUACACCACAUCAGGAGUGUGUUUGUGGACAGAGACAAAAUCAAUGUGCAGCUUAAGCUCCACAUUGGCAAAUGAAUGAAUAUGACACUGAUUGCCUGUUACCCAAGUGUGUAUGUGUACUUUUGAGAGUUUUUACAUGAAUUAAUCAUCCAUUGGCUACAGUGUCAGGGUUUUCUUUUCCUGUUUCUGUGCAGACCUCUGUCACAUUUGGCCAAAUGACCUUUUGGACCUGGAGAAAACAUUCAGUGUGUUUUCACCAUGCUUUAGCGCUCUGCUGGGAGGCCCAAGCUCACUAUGGAUUUGACUGGUUUAAAAAAAAAAACACGCACCUUUGAACAUGUGACUCAACAGCAUAGUUUGAUUAAUGUUACUUGUUUGACAUCAAGAAAACCCCAUGUUCAAGCUGUGUGUUGUGGUUUAGGGUAUGAACCUGUUGCCCUGAUCACCACAGUGAAGUGCUGGAUAAACCUUUGGAUGGAUUAAAUGCCAAGGAAACCAAGUACAGCCCGACAGCAAUUUGUUUUAGAGACAAUGGAGCGAUGGAUGCAUGUAGAGGAUUUUCAUGUGAUUUUAAUGUGAAGCCAAAGGAGUGAAACUUUUCACCCGGCCCUGCGCUCCGGAGGCUCAGAGAGUGAAUUCUAUGGAGAACGAGACAGACUAUGGACAAGCGGAAAAAAAAAAAAUACACUCCUAUAACAGAUUUCAUAUCAUGGCACAACAGGAAGUGGAUUCUGAACUUUUCUUGAUGUGGUCAUUAUUUCUUUUUCACCCCAUCUGU